AUGUCGGUGCUGAGAGACCACUACUACCGCUUGAGCUCUGACUUGCCCGAGGAGAGAAUCCAGGCGGCAACUGCUCUUUUGGGCGAGCUUCAGGCUGCCAACAAGACCGAAGAAUGGGACUAUGCCUUGAACAGAUUGGUGAAAGGUUUAACUACUUCUAGACAAACCGCUCGUUUUGGCUUUUCGAUGGCCUUGACUGAGUUGGUUCGUGAGCUUGUGUUGAAGGCUGACUAUGAACUUUCCAUUGCUUCGUUUGUUGAUAAACUCAUCCAGACCAGUCAGACCCUGGCUUCCAUGAAGGGCUCUGAGCUUCGUUCAGUGUUGUUUGGACGUCUUUUCGGUUUCCAGGCUCUUCUUAACUCGAAAUUGCUUUUCGAUACGGAGGUUUCGUCCCAGAAGGUUUUGGAAAAGUACGUCAAGAGCUUGGUUGAAUUGGCUGGUACCAAACCAUGGUUGAGAGAAACCGUCAUGUUCACCUUGUGCCAGUUUGUCACUGUUUACUUGCAGUCUGAGUUAUUCGAUAAGGACGGUCUUGUUUAUGUUUUGCAGCGUAUUCAAGAUGAACACUUGACUCUUACUGUGGAGGGUCUUGCUGUGUACUUGACCAUUCCUCAGCCACUUAGAAGCCAGUCUGCUGCUAAGUUGACUAAUGCUGCUUCUGGAUGGAAGAACGGUGACCCUCUCAGCAAGGGUAACUUGCAGACUUUGGCUUUGGUGUUGAAAGACGCUGGUCCUGUUAAUGAGCAGUCUGAAGAGUCAGAAAAAAAGGAUAAGGGUAAGAAUGGACAGAAGCAGAAGGGUUCUUGGAAUCCGCAGAUUCCUUUCGUUUGGGAACUUCUCGUUAAGCACUUUGCAUCUUCGAGUGAUGACGUUGAAGACGAAGAAGCUGUUAGCAACGGCAAGAAGAGAAAGAAGCAUGGUUCUUCAAAGCAGAAGAAGCGUGCUAAGGCUGACGACGACUCCAUCCAUUUCAAAGAAUUCUGGAGAGCUUCUGUGGAUGAGACGUUAUUUGCAGACAAAGCAUCCACCGAGAGAAAGUACUGGGGCUUUGAAAUAUUUAUUUUGUUCUUCAAGCAAGUUCCUGCUGAUUUGGUUGAUGCUCUCUUCACUCCUAAUCUCAUGAGAUGCCUCAUGAACCAUUCUGCCCAGAAUAACAGAGUGCUCAACAAACUCAGCACCAAGGUGCUUAACACAAUUAUAGAAGAGACCAAGAAAGAUCUCACCAAGGUUACGCCGACCCUCAGAUGUCUCAUUAACAGUGAAUAUGGUGGAAACUGGGCUUUUGACAACAUCACCAAGUCUAAGGUUACCGAUUCGCUUGUGGGCAUUUUGAGUUACAUUGAGAACAUUGACAGUAUACCUGCUGGUCGUGCUGAAGCUCUUGCUUUGGGUGUUAAAGAGGUACUCAUAGAGUUGUUCGAUAAGACUCUUGAACAGCAGAGUGAACCAGACUCGCAGGAGACUGUGAUGAAGAAGUCUCAUGAUAAUGCUCUUAAAUGGGUUCUCGAUAAGCUUCUUUUAUUGCAGCGCAGUACUAAGAGAUACCAGUUUUCUGACAACAAGUUCAUCGAGAAGAACUUUGAGUUCCUUCUCCAGCAUGCGUUUUUCAAGUCCAAGAACGGCAAGAGUGUUUCUGGUAAUGUUAGCAGUAUUGCUCAGGAUAGAGUCAACUCGUUCCUUUCUGGCGUUAUUAACCAGAAGAGAAAGGGCCACUCUUGGUCCUUGUACUGUGUUAAGUACAUUGCCAAGCUUGAGAAGAACGAUAGCUUCGAGCCACGUCUUGAACUUAAUGAAGAGUUGGCCUUGGUCAGAAGCCAAGUGUUGGAUCUUUUAGACACUAUCAAAGCACAUGUCAAGACCGAUGAUGCUAGCAGUGGUCCAUACUACUGUUUCGAGCUUCUCUUUUCCAUGGUUAUUCUUCAAUUGCUUUCUGGUGAAGGGGAAGCUGUGAAUGUCUUGCAGGAAUUGCAAACAUGCUACGAAGACUACCUUACCAAACAAGACGACGAGGGCAUGAAGAUUUCUGUCGUUUUGACUGAAAUCAUUUUAUCGUUCCUUUCUAGAAACUCCAAGUUAAUGAAGACUCUUGCACAGUUUGUCUGGGAGUCGCUUCUAUGCGCCAAGGGUCCAGAUGGUAAGAUUCUUGUUGAAGAAGAGUGUCUUGAGCUUCUUUUCGAUGUGUUGAAGACCAAGGAGAACGAAGAAGGUCUGCGUGACUUGUUUGAAGGUGAAGAGGAAUUUGAAGAAGAGAACUCUGGUAGCGAAGAUGGAGAUGAUGAAGAAAACGACAGCGACGACGACGACGAUGACGAAAGUGGUGACGAAAGCGAUGCUCCUGAUCUGACAGCCAAGGUGGAAAAGGAAACUACCAUUAAGUUGGCCAAAGCAUUGGGUGUUCCUACAGCCGAAUCUGGAGAAGUCAAAUUCGACGAAAUCGAUUCUUUCGGUGAGGACGACGACGACGAAGCUUCUGACCUGAUGGAUGACGAGCAGAUGAUGGCCAUGGACGACCAGCUUGCCAGAAUUUUCAAAGAGAGAAGAGAGCUUCUUUCUGCAAACACCACCAACAACAAGAAAGCACAAGCUGCACUGGCCAAGCAGUCGAUCAUGCUCUUCAAGAGCAGAGUUCUUGAUCUCAUGGACUCGUUCGCCAAAGUUCAGCCACAUUCCCCAUAUAACCUCCACUUGCUUCGUCCAUUGAUCCUUCUCAUUAACACCACCAAAGACAAAGACCUCGGCGUCAAGGCCCACAAGAUCCUCAAAACCCGGAUCAGCAAGGCCAAGGUAACCAAAGAAGAGCUCGAAAUCCACUUCCCAGGCAAAAAACUGGAAGCCUACAAAAAACAGUUCCUACAGGAAAUCACCUGGCUCCAAGAACAAGCAGGUCGUUAUUCGUCCCACCAGGCCCAUGGCCAGGCGUGUGGCCAGUGCAGUAUCACCAUUGCCAAAAGCUUGGUUUCCAUUGACGAAAAGUACCUUGAAAAAGUUGUCCAGGUGUACUCACAAUCUUUACUUGAAUGGGCCACCAACCCUAAAAACCGAAUCCAGACGUCUCUUUUCACCUUCUUCCUUAACUGGGUGAGUACUAUCAGAGAGCUCAUGUCUGCCUACAAGCAAGCCGGUAUUUCGUUGAACAGAGCCAUGGCCAUUGCCGCCAGAACUGUCAGAUCCUCUUUGAAGAGCGAGUUGAGAGUUGCUGCUGAGAAGAGAGGUAACUCUGAGGUGAAGGUUGCCAAGUUUGAGAACGGCGUGGCCUCUGAGGCUAAGAGCUUGCUCGAGAACAAAUAG